CCCGUUCACCUGGUUUCACUAUUUUGCGUUCACCCGGUUUCUUCCUCGUGGUGCGUUGCGUUUGUUGGGUUCUUCUGAAGAAGCGGAAGGUUUGAGCAAUGGGGGAAGCCGCCGGCGACCGUGUGCUGAGCCGCCUCCACAGCGUCAGGGAGCGCAUCGGCGACUCCCUCUCCGCCCACCCCAAUGAGCUCGUCGCCGUCUUCACCAGGCUGGUCAACCUUGGAAAGGGAAUGCUGCAGCCCCACCAGAUCAUCGCUGAGUACAACACUGCAAUCCCUGAAGCAGAGCGCGAGAAGCUCAAGGACGGCGCCUUCGAGGAUGUACUGAGGGCAGCGCAGGAGGCAAUCGUCAUCUCCCCAUGGGUUGCACUUGCCAUCCGCCCUAGGCCUGGUGUCUGGGAGUAUGUGAGAGUCAACGUGAGCGAGCUUGCUGUCGAGGAGUUGAGUGUCCCUGAGUACUUGCAGUUCAAGGAACAGCUUGUGGAAGGAAGCAACAAAGACUUUGUGCUUGAGCUGGACUUUGAGCCAUUCAAUGCCUCCUUCCCUCGUCCUUCCCUGUCGAAGUCCAUUGGCAACGGUGUGCAGUUCCUCAAUAGGCACCUGUCAUCAAAGCUCUUCCAUGACAAGGAGAGCAUGUACCCUUUGCUCAAUUUCCUCCGUGCACACAACUACAAGGGCAUGCCUAUGAUGAUGAACGACAGAGUCCGCAGUCUAAGUGCUCUCCAGGGAGCUCUGAGGAAGGCCGAGGAGCAUCUGUCUGGUCUUCCAGCAGACACCCCGUACUCGGACUUCCACCACAGGUUCCAAGAACUUGGUUUGGAAAAGGGCUGGGGUGAUUGUGCCAAGCGUGCGCAAGAGACCCUUCACCUGCUCCUCGACCUUCUUGAGGCACCUGACCCGUCCACACUUGAGAAGUUCCUUGGUACAAUCCCAAUGGUGUUCAAUGUUGUCAUCCUCUCUCCACAUGGUUACUUUGCACAAGCCAAUGUCCUGGGGUACCCUGACACCGGAGGGCAGGUUGUCUACAUUUUGGAUCAAGUCCGUGCUAUGGAGAAUGAGAUGCUUUUGAGGAUCAAGCAGCAAGGACUCGACAUCACACCACGGAUCCUUAUUGUUACAAGGCUUCUCCCUGAUGCAACCGGCACGACCUGCGGUCAGCGUCUUGAGAAGGUCCUCGGUACUGAGCACACCCACAUCCUUCGUGUGCCAUUCAGAACUGAAAAUGGAAUUGUUCGCAAAUGGAUCUCACGUUUUGAAGUCUGGCCAUACCUGGAGACUUUCACUGAUGAUGUGGCGCACGAGAUUUCUGGAGAGCUCCAGGCCAACCCUGACCUGAUCAUCGGAAAUUACAGUGAUGGAAACCUUGUUGCAUGUUUGCUUGCACACAAGAUGGGCGUUACUCAUUGUACCAUUGCCCAUGCGCUUGAGAAAACCAAGUACCCCAAUUCUGACCUGUACUGGAAGAAGUUUGAGGAUCACUACCACUUCUCAUGCCAGUUCACCACUGACUUGAUUGCAAUGAACCACGCGGACUUCAUCAUCACAAGUACCUUCCAAGAGAUUGCUGGAAACAAGGACACCGUUGGUCAGUACGAGUCUCACAUGGCAUUCACGAUGCCUGGAAUGUACCGUGUUGUCCACGGUAUCGAUGUUUUUGAUCCCAAGUUUAACAUAGUUUCGCCUGGUGCGGACAUGUCCAUCUACUUCCCGUACUCAGAGUCACAAAGGAGGCUCACCUCACUCCACCCAGAGAUUGAGGAGCUACUCUACAGUGAUGUCGACAACGAUGAGCACAAGUUUGUUCUGAAGGACAGGAACAAGCCAAUCAUCUUCUCGAUGGCUCGUCUGGACCGUGUCAAGAACUUGACUGGUCUGGUUGAGUUGUAUGGCCGGAACCCUCGCUUGCAGGAGCUUGUUAACCUUGUGGUUGUUUGUGGUGACCAUGGCAACCCAUCAAAGGACAAGGAGGAGCAGGCUGAGUUCAAAAAGAUGUUUGACCUUAUUGAGCAGUACAACCUGAAUGGCCAUAUCCGCUGGAUCUCUGCUCAGAUGAACCGUGUCCGUAAUGCUGAGCUCUAUCGCUACAUCUGUGACACCAAGGGUGCUUUUGUGCAGCCUGCAUUCUAUGAGGCUUUUGGACUAACUGUCAUCGAGGCCAUGACCUGUGGUCUUCCAACAUUUGCAACUGCAUAUGGUGGUCCAGCUGAGAUCAUCGUGAACGGUGUCUCCGGCUACCACAUUGAUCCUUACCAGGGUGACAAGGCCUCGGCUCUGCUCGUUGAGUUCUUUGAGAAGUGCCAGGGAGACCACAGCCACUGGACCAAGAUCUCACUGGGAGGGCUUCAGCGUAUUGAGGAGAAAUACACCUGGAAGCUUUACUCUGAGAGGCUGAUGACCCUCACCGGUGUCUAUGGCUUCUGGAAGUACGUCUCCAACCUCGAGAGGCGCGAGACCCGCCGCUACCUGGAAAUGUUGUACGCGCUCAAGUACCGCACCAUGGCCAGCACUGUUCCAUUGGCUGUCGAGGGGGAGCCCUCGAGCAAGUGAUCUGGCCACCUCUCGGCCGGAAGAAGAAGAAGAAGGGUGUUCGAUUUCUGAAAGAUUUGAGAUUUGAGAAUGCGUUGGUUUUCUUCCUAGGCGCUGCUCUUUUAGAGUUAAGGUCGAGUUGAUGUGCUAGUUUGAUUCAGCAGUGGGAGUGAGUCGAGACAGAAGGAUGUGGUGUGUGCCAGUAUUGUUGGUGCUUUUCGUGUUCUUUGGAUGUUACCCUUGAAUAAUAGUAGCGGCCUUGGCGCCGUUUGUGAAAUAAUAGUAGCAUCC